AUGGCUGUGAACAUCCCAGGAGUUAUUUCAAUGGUCUUCUUCUACCUGCUGGUUCUAGGAACCGGCAUCUGGGCCUCUUUCAGGUCCAGAAGGGAGCAGAAGAGAAAUGCAGCCACUGGAAUGGACAUGGCCCUGCUGGGAAACCGUGGGAUUAACUGGGCAGUGGGAAUCUUCACAAUGACAGCUACAUGGAUUGGAGGAGGCUUCAUUCUCGGCAGUACUGAGAUGAUGUACACGCCCUCCAUGGGACUGACCUGGACAAUAGUGAUAAUCAUGGCAUACAGCACAGCUUUUAUAAUAGGUGGUUUGAUGUUUGCUCAGCCCAUGAGGGAGAGAAAGUUUGUGACGAUGCUGGACCCUUUCCGUAUCAAAUAUGGAAAAGCACUUACAGCUGUACUGUGUGUGGCUUCACUAAGUAUUGACCUGACCUGGAUACCAGCGACACUCAUCAGUUUAGGAGGAACCAUGAGUGUGGUCCUGGAUGUAUCGUUUACUGUUUGCAUUUGGAUCUCUGCCAUCAUCGCCAUUAUCUACACUCUGCUGGGUGGCCUCUACUCUGUGGCAUACACUGAUGUUAUACAGCUUGUCCUUGUAUUCAUUGGCUUGGGUGUCUGUAUUCCAUUUGUCCUGAUGAAUCCCUCAACCAUGGACAUCACCCAGACUCUCAUGAACAACACCUUACACGCUCCCUGGAUUGGCAGACCAGGGCUGGAGAAGGCCUGGAUAAUGAUUGAUAAUUUUUUAUUUAUGGUACUUGGGAGUCAGGGGUAUCAGUGCUUCCACCAGAGGACCUUGUCAGCAUCAUCUCCAUUCACCGCCAAGCUUACAUGCUUUGUUGCUGCUUUUUUUGUACUUCUGUUUGGGAUUCCUCCAUUACUAAUUGGAGCAGCUGUUGCAUCGACUGACUGGAACCUGACAUCCUAUGGUUCUCCAUCUCCGUAUGAGCGUGGGGAAGCAGCUAUGGCUCUACCCAUCGCCCUACAGCAUCUCACCCCAUCGUACAUCUCCAUUGUUGGUAUCGGAUGUAUAGCUGCUGCUGUGAUGUCAUCCGCUGAUUCUGGUUUGCUUGCUGCAGCAUCUGUAUUCAGCUCUAACAUAUACAAGAGCAUCCUGAGGCCUCAGGCGUCUGACCGAGAAAUCCACUGGGUGAUUCGUGGGGCUGUUGUGUUUGCUGGCUUGGUUGGCACAUCCUUCACUAGUCUGAAAAACAGCAUCAUAGUGUUCUGGUUUCUUGGUAAUGAAGUUGCCUAUGUGUUGAUCUUCCCUCAACUCGUCUGUGUCAUAUUCUUUGACAUCUCCAAUGGUUAUGGGGCUAUUAUGGGAUUGCUUUUAGGACUGGUGUUAAGAUUGCUCUGUGGGGACCCGACACUGGGAUUAGCACCAGUCAUACACUUCCCAGGAUGCACUCUUGAAGACGGUGUUUAUGUCCAGUACUCUCCAGUUAAGACCUUCUGCAUGCUGUCUGCUUUAGCUGCCACCUUGAUUUUCUCCUACCUGGCUGCAGUGGUCUUCAACAAAGGCCUGCUUCCUGAGAGGUGGGACAUCUUCAGCAUUAAAGCCCAGCAGACACCACAACCACUGACACCAAUAGGUGGUGCCAGUGGACAUGAAGUUGAGCAAAUGAAUGGGAACAACUCUCAGACUGAGGCAUCAGAGCCAAUGAUUGGCACAACCUCUUAG